UCGGUGUGGGACCACACUCUCCAUCCCCCCAGGUCCAGCAGCAUUUCGUCGAAGAAGACAUAUCCUCCUGGUCAUUCCUCACAUUCCUCCAGCAUGUGGUACACGGUAAUGUUGUUGGUCAUUUUGGCAACCGCUGCUCUAGCCCAAGCAGGAACUAAAGAACUACAAUAUAAGUACAAGAAUUUCGACAGCUUUAACUUAAAGAGUCCAAGUUAUAAAUUGAAGAACCUGCUUCAUUUGAAAAAUCAACGAAGUUUAGAUGGAAUUGGCGGGGGCGAUUUAUUAGCUAGUAGAAGCAUUGAUGAUAUUGGUGGAGGAGGUGUUUUGUUCUAUAGAUCUGUCGAUGACAUUGGAGGAGGAGGCAUGUUAUCAACAAGACUUAGGAAUGGUAAUCGUCGAAACGGAGUUUCAUCUUAUAGAUCGAUUGACGACAUUGGAGGUGGUGGCGUCCUAGCUACAAGAGCUCUUGACGGCAUUGGUGGAGGUGGACUUUUAUCUGCAAGGGCUUUAGAUGGUAUUGGAGGUGGUGGAUUGUUAGCCUCCAGAUCAAUCGACGAUAUCGGUGGAGGUGGAGUUCUAGCUUCUAGAGCAUUAGAUGGCAUUGGCGGUGGAGGAUUACUAACAGCAAGAGCAAUGGAUAAUAUCGGUGGAGGAGGUAUUUUGGCUUCUAGAAGUGUCGACGAUAUUGGCGGUGGUGGCAUCUUAGCUUCAAGAGCGUUAGAUGGCAUUGGCGGUGGUGGAUUAUUGACAGCAAGAGCAAUGGAUAAUAUCGGUGGAGGCGGUAUUUUGGCUUUUAGAAGUGUCGACGAUAUUGGCGGUGGUGGCAUCUUAGCUUCAAGAGCGUUAGAUGGUAUUGGCGGUGGGGGAUUAUUGACUGCAAGAGCACUAGACAGAAUCGGUGGAGGUGGUAUUUUAGCUUCUAGAAGUGUUGAUGAUAUUGGUGGUGGAGGUAUCUUAGCUUCGAGAUCAUUAGAUGGUAUUGGAGGAGGUAGCCUUCUUAGCUCAAGAGCUCUUGACGGCAUUGGUGGAGGUGGACUUUUAUCUGCAAGGGCUUUAGAUGGUAUCGGAGGUGGUGGAUUGUUAGCAGCAAGAGCAAUGGAUAAUAUUGGCGGCGGUGGCAUCUUGGCUUCAAGAUCGUUAGAUGGCAUAGGAGGGGGUAGCCUUCUUAGUUCAAGAGCUCUUGACAACAUUGGUGGCGGUGGACUUUUAUCAGCAAGAGCUUUAGAUGGUAUCGGAGGUGGUGGACUAUUAGCUUCUAGAUCAAUAGAUAAAAUUGGCGGAGGUGGAUUGAUCAGAAAAAAAUAAGUUUGUUUUUAAAUUGAGAGGUAAAAAGCAGAAGCAACGGAUCUGGGGAAUGUAUACGAACUUAGACAAUCAUUGAACAUAAUAAAAAUAUAUUUUUUAAAUCUUGUACAUUUGAAAGUUAAACCAACUCUAAUAAAGUUAUUACGUAAAUUCA